AUGGGGUGUGGAACGAGUUUUGUGAAAUAUGUGCUGUUUUUCUUCAACCUCGUUGUUGCGCUUUUCGGCCUGGUGGUAAUAGGCGUGGGUGUUGCCGUAUUGCUAAACUGGGCAGUGAUCAAGGAUGAGCUCCAAGGUCACCUUACCGUGGCCCCAUGGGUGUUUAUAGUGAUCGGCGCUAUCAUGUUCAUCAUCGCCUUCUUCGGAUGCUGCGGAGCUAUACGCGAGAGCCACUGCAUGACUGUCACGUAUGCGAUCUUCCUCCUAGUGAUAAUCAUAGUGCAAGUGAUACUCGCGGUAUUGAUGUUCACUUACGCGGAUAACAUAAAGGACGGACUCGUCACAUCUAUGAACCAGUUGUUUGAGAAGACCAAAGUGGACCCCGCAGCGCAAACCGUCUUCAAUAACAUCCAGGAACAGUUAGAAUGUUGCGGCAAGAACAGCGCCACGGACUACGGCAUCAUACUGCCCAAGUCCUGCUGCUCGCGACUGGGUACCGUUGGCAAGAUCCUCGGGGACCAGUGCAGCCUGGCCGACGCCAACACUGUGGGCUGCAGCGUGCGCGUCGCGGACCUUUACCAGAAGUGGAAUAAGACCAUCGCUGGUGUUGCUAUCGGGGUUGCCUGUGUCGAGGUGAUCGGAGCCCUGUUCGCGCUGUGCCUCGCCAACUCCAUAAGAAACAUGGACAGAAGGUACGCU